UAACGACCCAUGGGCUGUUUCCAGUCUUACACAGUCUAACCCAACACCAUGGCUCUCUAUGAGUCUAAGACCGAGCUCUGGGACCUGGACAUCAAUGUGAUCCAGCCAGAGGGGAAAGGUCCAGAUCCAGCCACAGAUGGAAACAGCAGUACCGAGCCGUUCAGGGAUGCGUUCCAACGUUAUAUCCAGCCCUGUCUGGCAGAGCUGCUGGGUUCAUCUCUGUUUAUCUUUGUGGGGUGUCUGUCUGUGAUCGAGAACACAGAGGGCACCGGAAGGCUGCAGCCGGCCCUGGCACACGGCCUGGCCCUGGGCAUCGUUAUCGCCGUGCUGGGGGAGAUCAGUGGGGGCCACUUCAACCCAGCAGUGUCUGUGUCUGUGUUUCUGAUCGGGGGUCUCAACAUCAUACUGCUGGUCCCCUACAUACUGGCUCAGAUGUGUGGAGGGAUGAUAGGGGCAGGACUAGCCAAGGUGAUUUCCCCAUCCAUGAACUAUGGCAAAGUUUCAGGGGCAGCAUUCGACACAGUGCAGGCCGACACCCAGAUAGUACCAGCCACGGUGGCAGAGGUGAUCAUGACUCUGUUCCUGACGAUGGUGGUGUGUAUGGGGGCCGUGAAUGGACGCACGCGCAGCCUGUUGGCACCUCUCUGCAUCGGGCUGACCGUGACCGCAGACAUCCUGGCUGGGGGAGCAGUGUCUGGGGCAUGUAUGAACCCAGCUCGUGCCUUUGGCCCGGCCGUGGUGGCCGACUACUGGAGCUAUCACUGGAUCUACUGGGUGGGACCCAUGUCUGGAGCCCUGCUAACCGCCAGCUUCAUACGAUUACUGCUUGGGGAUGAGAAAACCAGAGUUCUCUUGAUAUGAUACAGAUGUAGGUUUCCAGUUCAAGUCCAUAAAAAAGUCAAUUUCCAAAAUCCACAUAAAUUCUAACAGUAUUUUCGUGUUACUAUUUCCAUGUCUCUUAGUUUAAAAUAAUCUUACCAAUGUAACUUUAUUCUAUGCCGGUAUAUAUAGAUUAUCUAUUGUCCAUAAAUGCAAUCAAUUUUAUUCAAUGCCAUUUGUAUAAACAAAUUUUUGUGCAUUAAAUAUUGCAUUGUAUAUUUCUUUCUAUGAUUGAUCCCUUUUGACAUAGUAGAAGUGACUUCUGGCCCAGUCUGUGUUUUAUACCGCCACCUUUUGGUUAUGUGGUGAACUACAGCCUUGCAUUGGUCUGACUCUCACUGUCCUGUGAUACAACCUUCCAUAUGCGUCAUGCCUUUUCACUGAUUAUCUGCACACAGACAUCCAAAAACUAGCCACAUUAGAUAACAUUGAAUUUGACACUGUAAUUGCUAUCUUGACUGAAAGUCUCAGCCAUAGAAAUAUAAUUACUAGAAAGGCCAUAGCCCCUCAGACAACCGGUUCUCCCAUUAUGGACUCAUUGACUUGAACGGGGACCUCUCUUCUAGUAAUUAUAUUUCUAUGGCAGACACUCAUUUGAGACAGUGGUAUGUGAAUGUUUAAAAAAUGUUGCAGUGAAGAUUCAAGAAAUUAAGUAUAAAUGUGUACAGCAGAGGAGUUGUCGUCAUGUCCAUUUAUUGAUUUGUACGUUGGAAAUAUAGAAGAUACUGUUUCUUUCAUAUGCAAUUAAUACAAAUGAAUUAUUAAAUGAAUUCAUGAAUUCCAUUAGUGCCCCCUCAAGAAUAAGUACAUACUGUACAUGAUGCCUGUAUGCACAGUAACAGUCUGAUUUUGCCACAUUCUACACAUUUACAAUGUCAAUGUAUUUAUCACCUGUUAUUUGCUGAUGGAUGUGUCUACCAUUUAGGACACAUAAUAAGAUAUUACAAAGUGUAAAAAGCCAGUUUCAUGUUUCACUGGGUUGUCUUUUACUCCCUUCAGAGAAUAACAGGAACAGACUUUGCACAGGUGCAGAGACUUCGUCAAACUGUCUAGUUUUAAUGCUUUAUCUUAUCUAGCUGGGACUGGCUAACAUCAAUGAUCUAUGCAUGAUUAAUACAAGCAGGUUAACCAAGAUUAAACUUGUUUGUUUGGCCUGGAAAUCUAGAACAUUAUGUCUAGUAGUAGGCUGCUGUAUUAACAAACUAACAAAACAUUUAGUUGAUUUAAAUAGUAAAAACAUAUCAUAGUCAUAUUGACAUAUGCUCUACCCUGAAAAUGUUGUUUUCAAAUCAGUGCCAACAAAAUAUCUGUCUGCUGGACAAUUACUAUACUUUAAAACUGUAAACUGGUUGUCUGUUGUACUGUGUUCACUAGAGUAAACUGACUUGGAUUAAUCAUAACAUGGA